UCUUCUCAUCCUUAAUAAUUUUACAACAGUUUGCAGUGCUCAUUUUUAAUAAAAAAAAUUAAAAAAGUAUUUUUAAAUUGGCACCGCCACUGAGAGACUCAUAGAUAGCAUCGUUAGCGUUAACUGGAAAUUGGCAUCGCUACUUUCUCUGUUGAUUGCAGAAGCCAUGGCAACAAGAACCCCAAAAAGAUCUCACGUGUUUGCUGCGGUCAUCUUCACUCUGUUUUAUGUCUCUGUUUCAACCAAAGAAAGCGUGUACGAACUUCUCCCAAAAUACGGGCUCCCGAGUGGUCUGUUACCGGACACCGUCACCGACUACACCCUCUCAGAGGACGGUCAAUUCGCCGUCGUUUUGGAGAAGCCGUGCUACGUGAAGUUCGACUACGAGGUCUACUACGCAACCACCAUCACCGGCAAGCUCAGCUAUGGCUCUAUCACAAACCUCAAGGGCAUCCAGGUCCAGCGCCUUUUCCUCUGGUUCAACGUCGAUGAGAUCAAGGUCGAUUUGCCCCCUUCCAAUAACAUCUACUUCCAGGUUGGCAUCAUCAACAAGAGGCUCAACGUUGACCAGUUCAAAACCGUUCAUUCCUGCCGCAAAUCCCUCACUUCCUCUCCUUGCCAUGGAAAUGGAAUUCGAUCGUUCUUAUCAUCCAAGCUUCCUGCACCAGUGGAUGACAUUCCUAUGCUACUCACGGAGUAGAUGCCGUUUUAUACUAGGUGUUGUAUGGGAUAAUGUAAUGACGUUGUAAUCUGUCAGUGUACCUCUAUUGCUAGCAUAUCUAUCAAGCGUCAGGACUCACAAAUCUCGAGUCUGGUUGCGUUAUAUUAUGUCCUCACGAGAACUUUAUGAACAUAUUAUGUACAUAUUUAAGUUCUGAGUCUUCAACAUCAAGUGUGCAACUUUCUGGUAACAUUUAAACGUGCUUAAUUUUGAAUGGCAAAGCCGGAUCUUGCCAAAACAA